CAAGCCGACAUGUGACGUCAUCUUUUUGUGACGGAGUUGGAAAGAUGGCGCCUUCCCCAACGAAGAGGAAGGAGGAUGACAAAAGCAAACAGCGCGGUAAGGAGAAGUCAGGCGGCACAAAAGAAGGUGCUGAAAAAGGCAGAGGUCGAGAGAAGAACCGCACACGGCGCAAUGCUUCAAGUGGGAGCAGCAGUUCCAGUUCAAGUAGCUCAGGCUCCUCCUCCUCCAGUGGCUCCAGCUCUGCCUCCAGUCAUUCAGGCUCCUCCAGCUCCCGCUCGUCUUCCUCGUCCUCCUCAUCCUCCUCACCAAGCCCGAGCCGUCAGCGCCACAACAACAGGCGGCGGUCUCGUUCAAAGUCAAAAUCAGCAAAGAAGGAUGACAGGGAGAGACGACGCAGGAGCCCCACACCAAAACCCACCAAGGUCUACCUGGGAAGACUCACCAGAAAUGUUAUCAAGGAUCACAUCCAGGAGAUCUUCUCCACCUACGGCAAGAUCAAGAUGAUUGACAUGCCUAUGAACCGCAUCCACCCGCACCUGUCCAAAGGCUACGCCUAUGUGGAGUUUGAGACUCCUGAGGAGGCGGAGAAAGCCCUGAAACACAUGGACGGAGGUCAGAUUGACGGACAGGAGAUUACAGUCACAGCUGUGCUCGCUCCCACGGUGCGCCCUCCCCCUCGCAGGUUUUCCCCUCCCCGCAGGAUGCCUCCGCCCCCACCAAUGUGGCGGCGCACCCCACCCCGCAUGAGGAGACGGUCUCGGUCUCCACGGCGACGCUCUCCAGUGCGUCGCAGGUCUAGAUCGCCUGGCCGUCGUCGGCAUCGGUCUCGAUCCAGUUCUAACUCCUCUCGCUAGUGAAAAAGGAAACCCCUCCUCCUCUUCCUCUCUGACUGAUCUGUUGCUGUUAUUUAUAUCUGUAAACAAUCAAAUAUGAAAGACAAACGUCCUCUUUUUUUUUUUUUUAUUUAAAACAAUCCGAAACUUGAAUGAUGAAAACAAAUAGCCCGGAAUGAUAACUGUACCCGAGUGAAUUAUUGAAGCCAGUGUUACUUUCCAUAAAUGAAACAAACACUGUUUAAUGCUAAGAGACAACCGUAUAAUAGAGCUGAGAUAAUUAGCUGUAAGGUGAAAUAUAAAGAAUGUUUACACUAAAAUAUCUAAAUUAUGUAAAAAUUAACUAAAAUUAUUAAAAACUUUUGUUGAGUAUUUACAUCCCCUUUAAUAUUUCAGACAGUUUUCUGAAAUCUUAUAGUUGUAACAGGACGUGUCUUUCGUUGCGGGCGCAUUGACACAUGUUUAUCGUUGCCAUGGAAACACAGGAUGUUUUUUUGGGUUGUUUUUUUUUACCCCGGAUGUUACGUCAAAAACUGCGGGAACUGCUACUGAAAGCUGCCGUACUGCUGCUGUAUGUGCUGCUGUGAUAAAAAAGUCAUGUAAAUCACACUUUCAUAUAUGGUCAGUAAAGAUAUUCUCUUCCUCAGGUCUGUUUCGCCCGUUCGCCUUGACUACGCAGAGUUGGUUUUCAUCUGGGGUGGGGGGAGGGAGUAGAAGAGAGAAUCACUCCCAUGAUUCCCCGCAAGCCUCGGCAUGAACUUUUGUUAUUGUUUGGAUUGAGAGACUCCCUAGGCAGAAUUUACAUACUAGGGCUCGACAGAUAAAUGUUCUUUCAAGCCAAUACCGAUAUCAG